CUCAGAGCUGUGGAUCGCUGUGCCCACGAAAGUCGUGCGCACGCCGCGCUAAAGCUUAACGCUCGCAUGCCGCCCCGCUCUCGCACGCCCUCCUCCAAGAAGCCCGCCGCCGCGGCGACGACUGCGGAGCGGUCUCGCCGCCGCGGGGCUGUGACGAAGCCCUCCUGCCGGCAGCGAAAGCUCACCUUUGAGAGCGCCCCCGCGGAGGACGCCCAUGUUGAGACCGUGCCCGACGUCGCGUCCUCCGAUACCGAGGAGGAGGACCGUUCCGAGGCGGCGGCGGCCGCCGCCGCCGCCGCCGCCCUGCCGCCGCUGACCGCGGCCGAGGAGAAAGAGCUCAAGGCGUUUGACCUGGACUCGACCUUCGGGCCCUGCCUCGGCCUCACGCGUCUCGAGCGGUUCCUGCGCGCGGAGAAGCUCCAGAUCAACCCGCCGCCGUCUGUGCGCGAGAUCCUCCACCGCGUCCACCCGACCAGCCCCAGUGCGCAGGCAAUCCUGAGCGGAAAGCCCGGCGUCGUGUGUUGACGGGCCGCGGCCAGGCACUGAGUGCCACAAGGAAGUGGAGUGGGGGGCGGGCGCCCAUAGGGGCGCCCCCUGCGUCGGGCCGCGAAGCCCCUGUCUCGUGUUAUUGUUUAUCAAGGUCAGCUGGG